GUCCAAAGAAAUACUUCCGCUCUUAAUCCCUCCCACCCCGUCUUAUUCGUUUGGAUAUGAUUCACUGGCCAAUGAAAUUCUUCGGUUUUCUGCUUGCAUUUGGGUGGCAAUUUUAAACACAACUGAAAUUUACCGACAGUAAAGUUGAGGUUUUUCUGUUGCUAAGACGGUAGCAACUAGGCACCCUGGAGUCCACUUUUCUAAAUGGCCGUUACCCUCCAAAACAAGAAAAUGAAUUUGUGCAUAAAAUCACAGAGGAACUGGUACAAUUUUUACAGAAAAACAAACGGAAAAGCAUCCUGCUCUUUCCUCCGCUGCCCCUUCAUUUUUGUGGACUGAUUCAUAAGACGAUUGAGAGUUAUCCAUGGCUGCGCGCUUUCUCCGUGGGACACGGCCGAAGGUGGCAGGUGGCAGUGGGCGACUCCCACCUCAGGUUACCCACAGAGAAGGAUGGUUUUCCAAAAGUAAAAUUUGAAAAUUCGCCCUCAGGCCAUCACAGGGAGAGGAAAAACUACAAGCCUGUAUCGAAAUGUAAGAAAAACUGGGGAUUAAAUGGAACUUGCACAACACCCAAAAACAUGGGAAAUGUGCCUGGCCAGACCUGGGACAGCGACAGCCAUUUACGUGCCUCGCAUCAGCCUGCUUCAGUGGAACACAACUUGAGUGGAUCAGAAGAAUCGCACUUCCACGCAAAAGAAGGAUUUGCUGUAACUGGCCAGGCUCUACCAUUUGAUCAGAUGGCUUCUAACUUUAUGGAAAUGCAUUUGGAUGACUGUCCAGGAGGUGGCAGUAUUGCUCCAGUUCUGGUUUUAACUAGGCCACAGAUGAAAGAUGCAGAUGAUUCUGAAGCUUACACCCAACAGAUAUUCGCAUACCUGGAGGACAUGGAUUUUACCAUUGAGAAGGCCAGGAAUGACUACUCGUACUAUGGGAGAGUGUGUAUCGACACCCAAGAAUUCUCUCAUGUUGUUGAAAUAUACGGUUACCCUCCAAUGUUUAAUAGAGAUGACAUGCUUGAUGCCUUCAUCGACUUCAGAGAGGAAGGUCUGACGAUAAAGCGGGUUGAUAACACUCACGCCCUUGGCAUUUUCUCCAGCGAGUCAGCAGCACUCAGAGCCCUAUCAAUCCGCCAUCCACUGCUGAAAGUCCGGAAGUUGUCAAAAGGCACCAAUAAAUCAAGAGCCAAAGCAGUGAGCUGUGCAGAGUUUAUCCAGAGUAUGAGAGAGGGACCUCACAAAGGCACUGCUGAACCUGAAGGACAGAGUUGCUAGUGGAAGACUGUACAGGAACUCUGGAGUGAGAGUCCGCCAUCUGCACCUGCAAGCUCUAAAUUUGAAUGUAACUUUUUUUUCCUUAAGAAAUAAAUAUAUUAAACUGAA